CACGACUGCUCCGCAGGGAAAGAGGCGCUUGUGCACCUGAAGCCUCAUUGGUCAGCUCCUCCCGGCGUGACCUUUGGCCUCGCCUUCCCUCCGUGCGGCUCUGAUGAAGCUAGGCGCGGCCUUCGGCGGCGUGUGGGCGGCUUGCUCUCUGGCCGGGGCCGCCACUUGCAGGCGCUGCGGCAUGGCACCCCUUGGCCUCCCCUCCCCCAGGCAGCCCCGCUGAGCAGAAGCAUGUACCGCGCCCCGGAGGGCGGCCCCGCGCUAGCCCCUCUCUUGGCCCCAGCGCCCCCUCCCCUUCCGGCCCCGCCGCCCCCCCGGCCGUGUGGGGCUCAGCUCCUGAAGGCCGCGCUGGAGCAAGCUGGCACCGGGGACCAGGACGGGGUUCGGGAGCUCCUGAGGCGCAGGAAAGCCAGCUUCAGUGAGCAUUUAAAGUGGCUUCUUUUCAACAACCCUGUGCCUUCCUUAAUCCAGGAGGGCCCCCAAUGUGGUCUGGUGGCCCUGUGGAUGGCUGGGGCUCUCCUCUCUCUGCCCAAGGCUAUUUCCUUGGAGAGAAUUGUGCAGGUGGCUUUGGAGAGAGGCUACACAGCCCAGGGGGAAAUGUUCUCAGCUGCCAACAUGUCCAGGCUUGCUGAGGAGGUGUUGCCCUGCCAGACGGAGCUGCUCUCUGGAGGCCUGGAGGGAGAAAACUACGGAAGGAUCCUUCAGCAUCUCAGUGCUGGCUUCCCUGUGCUGAUACCCUAUGAUGAAGACUCCAACCACGAGCCCUGCCUCCGGAAUGGCUACAAGGCUCACUGGGCCAUUGCCUCAGGAGCUCUGCUUGGACUAGAGGGCAACUUCCAACUGGCUACCUGCCAGGAGGACAAGGAGAUUCCGGGACUCUUCCAUGCCAGCCCAAGGGUCUCGACCCUCCCCCUGCAUGCCGUGGCAGAGACAUAUUUGCUCUCCAAGCAGGGGAAGAGUGGCCGCUACCAGCUGUGGAGAUAUUCUCAGGUGCAGGCAAGCAACAGCCAGCUGACGGACUUCAGUCCCAAGCGGGCAGCUGACGGCAAGGUCUACAUUGUGCCAGCAGGGGGAGUGCGGGAGGGGCUGUGUGGGAAGGCGGUGCUUCUGCAGCCAGCAGGCUCCCAACCAUACUGAGUGGGCAGGGCGGCGAGCCUUGGGGAAUGGACAGGCUGAUUUCCAAAGCUGCUACCAAAGCCAACCUUACCAGGACCUUAGACGGCCUUUAAAAGAGGAUUACUUAAAUGCAUGGACACUGAUAGGACUUCAGCAGCAGCUAUUAGGCAUGAUAGCUAUAGAACCUCCAUGUGCAGAGGCAGUAUAUCACUCAAUACCAGCUGCUGGGGGCAAACAGGAGAGCUAUUGCUUUUGCCUUGGUGCUUUAUGAGGUUCCCAGAGGCGUCUGGUGCGGUUGGCCAUGUUGGGAAAGGAGAUGCUGGAACAGAUGGACUUGGGCAAGGGGAAGGCAGAUUUCAGGUGCCGCUGAGAGCAGUAGACAGAUCAUGUAACUCACUAAUCCACCAGCAGGAAGCUCUCCUGUAUAAACCGCCUUGGAUGGGAACAGGAACUGCCCUAGAAGUGUGUCAUGGAAAAUGGAAAUGGACUGCCUUCAAGUUGAUCAUGCUAGGGUGCUGUGAGAUAUCCAUCUUUUGGGAGCCCAAAGGCCCCAUCCCAAAGGAGCCAGCCUGUUACAGCUCUGAAUGAGUCACUGAGGCAGCCUCCAUCACGUCUUCUGGGGAUGGAUAGUUCACCCAUAAUUCUGCAUUGGGUAAGUCUAAAGCAUUCAUUCGCUCCCAGUAUGGUGACUCUGCAACAUUAGCCACUCUCUGAGUCAGUGCGCGCAGAACUGCAAGUCACUCAGAAACGCGAGAGGGACAGCUUUUGCUUUCAGAUACUCCAAAAGGUAUCACUUCUUGGUGAAAGAGUGACCCAGGCCUCCAGUUUUAAUUUGGAAUAAGUGUACCCAAAUCAGGAAAAGGCCCCGUCCUGUUUUGUGGAGGGGAGCAUGGAGGAUUCUCCCUUUGGAAAGGGCACUCUAGCCAACUCUGCACCCAGGAGGACCAGCCCUCCCUGCUGCAGAACCAUGUUUUAUGCAUCUGCCAGGGCAAUAGCAUUAAUUUCAUUUUAAUGUGCAGAGUCAGCCCUGCCCCACAGCCCAAGUGGCCUUGCUGAGGCCUCACAUUUCCUGGGACAGGCAGAAGGAAACAGUAGCCCUUCAUUGCUGCAUUCCCAGAAUAGCAUGUUGUCAAAGAAAAAAUGUCUGGAAUUUCCUUUAGUUUGGUUUAAUGCCAAUAAUGAUGGCAAUGAUGGGGCUUUUUUAAAAACAAAACUUAUACACAACUAGAAUAAGCCAAGUUGGGGGAGUGAAAGAUAAAUUUAUUCUUGAGUGUUUUUUAAACCAUGCUUUGUUGAUCCUCCGUGGCGCAGAGUGGUAAGCGGCGGUAACGCAGCCGAAGCUCUGCUCACCGCAGGAGUUCGAUUCCAACAGAAGGAGGAAGUCGAAUCUCCGGUAAAAGGGGUCGAGGUCCACUCAGCCUUCCAUCCAUCCGUGGUUGGUAAAAUGAGUACCCGGCAUAUGCUGGGGGGUAAAGAAAGGCCAGGGACGGAACUGGCAAUCCCACCCCAUAUAUACGGUCUGCCAAGUAAACGUCACAAGACGGCACCCUAAGAGUCGGAAACGACUCGCACUAUAAGCGCGGGGACACCUUUACCUUUUGUUGACAAAACAGUAUUAAGCAUUUUGAGGGCCUGUGUAUACAGCAGAGAAAAGAAGAUGGCCCUGGAUUGGGGGCAGGGGAGGGAAUGUAAGGUCAAGUCCUGCCUCUGGCGUGGAGUGAGUGUCCGGCCAGCCCUUGGCGUAACUCACUUCUCUCCACCUCAGUUUCCCCACAGCUUUAAACGGGUGACUUCUUCACAAUGCUGUAUGUUUAUUCUGAGUGUAAAUGCAGAGAUUGUAAAGUGCUCUAGAGAAUUAAAAACACUUCAGUGAAAAAACAGGAAAGAAAAAAUAAAUUGGUUUCUAGAGAAA